AUGGAUGGAGCUUCAGUCACGUUUGUGCUCCAGACCGUGGAGUUUCUCUCUUCGGUUGUCGGCGCAACGGGGGCGUGUAUAGACCAUUUGGAAGUGCCAAAGGACCAGGGGGCCGCCCGAGGCGGCUUUUUUGCUGUGUCGCCGCAGUCAUCGCCACUGGCAAGCCUAGGUGCGGCGGUGCAUGUCAGGGAGCCGCCACAGCCACCCUUCCCAGAGGUUCCAAGCUGUUGGGUCGCGCGAGUCCGCCGCUCCAAGACCGUUGAGGUCCCUCGGGGUCCUCGCAUCCAGCUGCCUCCGGGAGCCAUUCCCAUUCCAGAGCGGAAGGCGUGCAUCUUGAGAACGAGAACUGCAAUGCCUGCUCGUCAGAAGGAGGCGUCGUCCACUUUGUUGGGCCGUCUCAGUCUGCGGUUGGGCCUGGUCGCCCUGCGCGGCAUUUUCCACAUCUUCUCUCCAUCUUUGAGCUCGGCCACCGACCGCUGCGAUGAGGAAGCCCGAGGUCGUAUGUUGCCACUGGUCGUUCGUGGUCAGGUCUUCUGCUUUCUGCUUCCUGUUCCUUCUGUGGAAGUCGAGGGGCUCACGAGAAGAACUGAUGCCUUUUUUGAACUCGGGCUUCACCUUGGCAGUUGGGACCGGCCGGCAGGACUUGCAAUAGCUGAAGUGCUUUGCAUCGCUGUGCCUUGA